AUGAUCACAUAUGCGCACUGCCUCUCCUCGGCGCCGGUGGUCAGCUGCUGGCACGGGGCCUGCUAUGAGGACCCCUCCGGCGAGAGGCAAGCUCCGUUCUCCGACAAGAUGGGGAACCGACUCCAGUCGGAGGCCUUCCCCGGCGCCAGGCCACCCAGGAGCGAGGGCUGCCUCCGCAAACGUCUGCUCUCCGUGUCUAAAGUCCACCAAAAGCAAGACUCUCUCUGGACACCCCAACCUAUGCUCGGACCUCUCGAUAAAAGUCCGUCACGAAAGAGUCAAAUCAGCCACGAUGACAAAGCCGUUUCUAAUUUGGACGAGGAGAGCAAAUGGACGGUCCACUACACGGCGCCGUGGCACCAGCAGGAGAACGUCUUCCUGCCGGGGAGCAGGCCACCCUGCGUGGAGGACCUCCACCGACAGGCGAAAGUCAACUUGAAGAGCGCCUUGCGAGAAUGUGACAAACUGAGGAAAGAUGGCUUCCGCAGCUCGCAGUACUACUCUCAGGGACCCAUCUUCUCCGACACCACGCGCUCCACCGGCAGCCUGCACGACGACGACGACGAUGAUGACGACGACAAAAAGUCCCUGGCGUCGUCGGCCGAGGACGAUCAGUCGCAGCUGUCCACCAGGUCGCAGACGCCCAGCGAAAAGGCGGACGACACAGACGCCCCGCCCAAAACUCCAACGCUGCCCACCCCGGAGGAGAAGAUGAGACAGACGGCGCUGGCCGUGCCUACCGACAUUGUCGCCAUUAACGUCACAGGCGCCGUCUUCGACCGGCAGGCCAGUAUCCGGCGCUCCCUGGUUAACACGGACACGGUGUCCCGCCGGUCCAAGAAGGUCAAACGCAGAAAGACUAUAUCGGGGCUGCCCGACGACAUCGACCUGGAGCUAGCUGCAAAAGGACGCGGCGGAGAGUUACGACCGCAUUCCAUGUUCAUCCCGGGACAGUACUCCACGCUGGGCCGGGUGGGGAGCGUCAACUCGGCCCUCCGGCGCUCCCGUACCAGAGAUUCUAGCUGCCAGACGGAGGACGUGAAGGUGGUCCAGCCGUCUGUGAGGAAAAUCCGCGCUAAGAGAGGGCAAGGAAUCGCCGCCCAGAUAGCCGGAAUUUCUACGUCCUCCUCUACCGGGAGCUUAUCGGUCUGCGGCGGCGACAGCUCUGGCGUGCCGACGCUGCCCCGUCAGCAUAACGGAGACCGAGCGCGAUUUAACAGUUUGCCCCGCCAAGGCGCCAGGGUGUCCCUCAGCGCAGACCCCAUCUACAGCAGCACCCCCAUCAAAUCGGAGGAUCACGGCGUUCCAAGGAGGCAGAUCGGAAAGCUCCAGGUGGACGACACGGCGGUACACAUGAGGAACAUCCCGAGGACGGGCACCCUGCCCAGGCCCAGGUCUCAGGAAGUGCAGCGGACGCGGUCCAAUGAGUGGGGAGGCGGUCCGGCCCGCGUGGUGUUGCCCCACGCCGCCUAUUCCACGUCAUUCAUCCCCAACGCCACGCUCUCCGGUUCGUCCGAAGUCAUCACUCUUGGCGCUUCGGGACAGCCUUCCCACUCGCCCACGGUCCGAACAUCCGGUCCCGCCAUUUUCACCCACAGUUCCACCUGUCCGGCACUGGCCACUUCCACGCCGGCUCGCGUGCCGAUCGAGGGGAGUCGCUCUGAUGACGGCUCGCACAGUCACAGCACCUUGCCGACAACGCCGCCCUCAUGUCAGACCGACGAGCGCUGGAUCUACGACACGCCGGAAAACUUGGUAGUUCCGCACCGCUCUCUGACCUCCAGCUCCUCCACUCCCAUCAACCAGCUGUACAGCAGCCUGGAGGCGUCAUCCAGGACAACCACCGAUUCCAGUUCGCUCUACUCCCAAGACAAUGACGGCUAUUUCACCUCCAUGCACCUGGACUCGGGCCUGCGAUCACGCGGCCAGGGCGGCGGGCACGGCCCGGCGACCAGACACAGCAUGUACGAGUGUCGCGAGAUGGCCGCCGGUCAGGACGAGUACGGGAGCUUGUACAGCGAUCGUUCCCUGUCCCGCAGCAUUUCUCUGCGCAAGUGCAAAAAGCCCCCGCCGCCCCCGACUCGCACAGACUCCCUGAGGAGAAAACCCGGUCCCAAGAAGCCCCUGGGAGGCGUCUGCGCGAUCGGCGAAUCAAACGCCGGCACGCUCAACGAGAGUCUGAUCGCCACACUGCAGCAGAGUCUUCAGCUGGGUUUGAGGCCCGGCAAGGGUGCGGGGGCCUCUCCGUCGUCACCCUCCCACAGUCCCAGCAGCGACUACGAAGACCCUUGGGUGCUGCGUCCGCGGAGCCAGAGCAGCGUUAGCGCCGGGAGUUCGGCCACGUCGCUGACCGCGAGCGCAAACGGCGUGUCCAACGCGUACUCGCUUUGCCCCGUGACCCCCGCUCACAGCGAUACCAGCAGCUUACGAUCCGACUACGCCGACUCUUGGGGCUACUACGUGGAGUACCCUCGUAACCACGGCGACCAGAGCGCUCAGACCCCCGCGGCUCACAUCGCCGACGGCACGACCGCCGGACCUCGGCAGGGAGAACGACAUAACGGAAACGACGGAGUCAGCCGUGCCCCAGGAACCGAAAUCCAGACGGAAGAAGUGGCAGUAAAAGGCAAAACCUCCUCCCCGGAACGAGUGCACAGAUUGACUUCGCCCUCUAGCGGCUACUCCAGCCAGUCCAACACUCCCACGGCCGGAACCCCGGUCCCCUCCGGGAUCAGGGCCAUGUCUCCCUCGGGCAAUCGCCCCAGGCCCAGAGUCCCUGAGAGGAAAUCCUCUCUGCUCUCGUCUCUCUCCGGGUCCUCGUCCUCCACCUCCCUGUCCUCCAAUACCUCUGAUUCUCUCAAGAGCGCCGGGCCCCCCGCCCCACCGCCCCUACCGCUGACCUCGUCCUCCACCCCGACCACCCCCCUCGGCCUGCCGCCGCCAUUCCCUUCAUCUGCACCGGCUGACAUGAAUGUAGAUCCUCUUCUUCAGAACACGGCGCAAACACUGAGCCCGCCCCCAGGUUGCUCCACUUCCCCGGAGUUCCCGCCGCCACCCUCACCCGAAACGCUUUUCCGCCCCAGCGUGUCCCUCAACGGGAGCUUUAGUCCUCUUCCUCCCGUAUCCCUCAAGGUGCCUCCGCCGCCUCCUCCGCUGCCAGCUGCCACUUCUAUCUCUUCCUCCAAGUUUCCUGUCAUGUCGGCGCCCAAAAACGCGGUACCCAACAGUCCCACCAAGUCCCCCAUGCUCCUCAUCACGCCAUUCGCCCUGCAGAGCGUUCGGCUGCGUUCUGUGCGACGGACGGAGGAGUCCGAGCUAUACUUUGACUCACCGGAGCAUCAACCCCAGGACGAGAAGACAAAAGAUUCCUCUCCGUCUCCCGUUUCGAAGCUUUUGGAGGAGCUAUCAUUGGAGUGCGGCAUCGCGAACGACACACCCGACUUUCCAGUUGUCAACGGGAUGCUCGAAAAGCAGAGCUGUCUUUCGAACGGCAUCGAAGCGUUGCCGAGGGACGCCGGUUCCCCAGUCAAACAGAAGCCACCUGUCAUCGCCAAGAAACCCAAAUUCUCUUUCAUCCUGCCGCUGAGCCCUCUGCCGGUCCAGGAGGUGAUCCUGUCCCCUUGCGAGGACGUAGACGCUUCCCCGCAAGAACCAGAAAAAAGCGAAGAGGAGAUACAGGAAGAGAGUUCCGAGGCAUCCGCCGAAAUCCAGGACGACUCUCAGGCGUCCACCGGCUCGGACGGGGAACCCUUCCAGAACGGAGACGAUGACGGCACGAGCAGUACGGCGGGCUCCGUCAGCUCCAAGGAGGACGACGCAGGGGACGUGUUCGACUCCAACGGCGAAGAGUCGUCACCCGCGCUGUCGCUGGACGGGACCGCGGAGACGGGGAGCGCGGCGGCCCCGACUCCCACAACCGCACGGACCACCGAGGACCUCUUUGCCGCUAUACACAGGUCCAAACGAGAGGUCCUGGGACGCAAGAAAUCCGACGAGGACAAACCUCGAUCCGGCAUCCGCUCGAUGUCUCCCCCCGUGACGCCCCCCUGCAGUUCCCCUUCGUCGUCAUCCCGCCCGUCCGGCUCCAUCCAGCGCCAACUUCGCAAGUCGUCCACCAGCAGCGACACCUUCAAAGCCCUACUCCUGAAGAAGGGCAGCCGCUCGGAAAGCGGCUUCCGCAUGUCCGCCGCCGAGAUGCUGCGCUCCACGGACCCCCGCUCGCAGCGCUGCCGCUCCGAACCGGCCCCGGUGGACCUCCCUUCGCCGCCUCGCAGCCCCCGCGCCUCGCCGGCCCGAGGAAAACGGGCGUCAGACGAACGGAACCGCUACGAAGCGCCCGUUUUGUCGCCACCGGUGUCGUCCGCUUUCAAGUACGGGCGCUCGCGGACCCCGCCAUCGGCUGCUAGCAGCAAAUACAACGCGCGCUGUCGCUUACUCAGCAGCCCUAUGACUGUCAUCUGCGAGCGCGACGGCGAGUACGCCGACGCUAACGGCACUUUGGCGGACGAUGGCGCUAGCUGA